CACUGGUAUAUAUACGAGUAUAUCACCUGCCAGCUUAAGUAACUGACGACUACCAGCCAUUAUCGGACCGCAAUGAUGAGGAAGAGUCUAGUAUUUCUGUGUUGCGUGGUGGCCGCGCUGGCGCGCCCUAGCGACAAAUAUACUGAUAAGUAUGACAACAUCAACAUCCAAGAGAUCUUGGAAAACAAGAGACUGUUGGAAGCUUACGUCAACUGCGUUUUGGACAAGGGCAAGUGCACGCCGGAAGGAAAGGAACUAAAAGAACAUCUCCAAGAGGCUAUAGAGACAGGCUGUGAGAAAUGUACCGAAGCUCAAGAGAAGGGUGCCUACACUACCAUAGAGUAUCUGAUUAAAAAUGAACCAGAAGUCUGGCGCAAACUGACCGACAGGUUUGACCCUGAGGGCAAAUACAGGAAGAAGUAUGAAGACCGCGCAAGGGCCAAGGGCAUCGUGAUUCCUGAGUAAACUGUUUGACUACAUCGCCUUAUCUUCAAUAAACAGAACAUCAGAAUCAAUACAUUUUUCCUUGUGUCGUUUUGUUAUCUUAUAUAUUCUGUUGUUUUUUCACUUUUAUUAUAUUAAAGGGAUUUUUAUUAA